GGCACUGUGGUUAUUAAGUAGAACAGUUUUAUUUGAACACUCCACAAAAUCGACAUUUAUUAUUAUGUUGUACUUAUAACAAGUAUUUUUCGUUUUGUCGGCUUGAGUGUUAACAUCUGUCAAACUCUUAUGGCUAACGGGAGUUAGCUUAGCAGGCUAACAUUACGUUAGUAACGUUAACGUUAGAUUUCUCCCUAAAUAUUGGUAGAAGUUAACAUCCAGCUGCAAUCAUAUAUUGAUAAGCGUGUAUUGAUGCGUUUUUACCUGCGCAGGAAAGGGACAUGUCGAACAUAUCAUAGGCAACCAUCGCUGCUAGGCUAAUUGAAGCUAACAACCGGCGAAAAGAAGGUGUGCCCAGUUGUCACCGAGGCUUUGUCUCCACCGGGACCGAGAAGACGCUGCGCAGUCUGACUGCUUACUGCGUAGCGGCAACACUUCUCUCGAAGACUGGACAGUAACGCUACGUACCUUGCGUGCAUACAUGGUGAUCGUAAUUCAGAGAGAGUUUCACACUGAGCAGGCAACCAUGGACGGCCAAUCAAUACAAUCGAUGGACAUCAUAACAAAGGUUUUGGAGCAAUCAGUCAAGCAGGUGGAGGAGAAGGUGGAUGCACAGCUGAGCAAACUAAAUGAAAUGGAUGAAGAUGAUUUGGAGAGACUGAAGGAGAGGCGACUAGAGGCGCUGAAAAAAGCCCAAAAGCAGAAGCAGGAGUGGUUGUCUAAAGGCCAUGGAGAGUACAGAGAGAUCCCAAGUGAGAAAGACUUUUUCGGCGAGGUCAAAGAGAGCAAGAAUGUUGUCUGCCACUUUUACAGAAAUUCCACCUUCAGAUGCAAGAUCCUUGACAAACACUUGGCCAUCUUGGCAAAGAAGCAUGUUGAAACCAAAUUCAUAAAACUGAAUGUGGAAAAGGCCCCUUUUCUGUCAGAGAGGCUCCGGAUCAAGGUCAUUCCGACGCUGGCCUUGCUGAUAGAUGGAAAAACAAAGGACUAUGUGGCUGGAUUCUCUGACUUGGGAAACACAGACGAAUUCUCCACAGAGAUGCUUGAAUGGAGACUCGGCUGCGCAGAUGUCAUUAACUACAGCGGUAACCUGAUGGAGCCUCCUACAUCGGCACAGAGGUCCAGCACAAAGUUCACAAAGGUCGAGAAGAAAACCAUCAGAGGGCGAGGUUACGACUCAGACUCUGAUUCUGAAGACGACUGAAAAGUACCAACAGUCACCUGGUUUUCUCUCUCAGGGCUACCUCAUUUACAUAAAAAAGGUUUAGCAGACAGCCCGUUUAAAUUUUUAUUCUCUCCUUCUCUGUGACUUUACUCUUUUCUUUUUACUUUCUCAUUCAUCAUUUCUCAAAUCAAAUUGUUUUGUUUCAGCCUGAUUUAAUUAAUUCUCUAACAUGUUUUAUAUUUAAAUAAAUAAAAAGGUGACAUACAUGUACUUCUAGAACAAGUAACUUGUAGAGGACGCGUUUCACUGCACCAACCAUGUAACAACUAGCUCUUAGCUUUGUGUUGAUUUUUUUUAAUCUCCUUAUUGUCUAAAAACAAGCAGCUUUGUCUUGAAUUACAGGCAUGCUCAUUUCAGUACCUCUGUUCAUUUCAUGUGUUUCCCUGUAACCGAGUCUGAUAUUAGAACAGAAAACAUGGUGCAUGAAUGCCAAGAUCAUCUUUUGACAUCAGAAUACAUUUUCUCAUAUUUCUUGUAGCAAGAGUUUGACUUGACUAGCCCAGAGUUAAUAAAAAAUAUAAAAGCUAUUCUAAAAAA